AUGGCAAGCUUCCGCUGCUUGUUACUCCCAGCAUGCCUUCUUCUUCUUCUUCUUCUUUUUGUUCUUCUGUUUCUCUCUAUUCCGCCAUUGUUGGACCUGUCACAAGUAACUGAAGCUAUUCCAUUAGCAUCUUUCUUUCCUAUAACUACCAUGAGAGAAGGCAACAAGCCCAUGAAAGCUAUAUUCAUCAAACAGAAGAAGAAGACGAGCUUGAGGAUGAUCGAAGCAAGUUUGGCUGAAGCUCGAGCAUCGAUUCGAAAUGCAGUUCGGUGGAAAAACUUCACAUCAGAGAAGAAAGAAACUUACAUUCCCAGAGGCUCCAUUUACCGAAAUCCUUAUGCUUUUCAUCAAAGCCAUAUAGAAAUGGUGGAGAGGUUCAAGGUAUGGAGUUACAGAGAAGGGGAACAGCCUCUGGUUCAUGAUGGUCCAUUGAAUAGCAUAUACGCCAUUGAAGGCCAAUUUAUAGAUGAGUUAGAUUGCAGCAAGAGCCCUUUUAGAGCCAGCCAUCCUGAUCAAGCUCAUGUAUUUCUUCUUCCUAUGAGCAUUACCAACAUCAUUCAUUUCAUUUACAGACCAAUUACCUCUCCAGCCGACUACAACCGUGAUCGGAUGCACCGUGUGAUAACUGAUUACAUUCGAGUCAUUACCAACAGGUAUCCAUAUUGGAACCGAAGCGAAGGUGCUGAUCAUUUUAUGGUUUCAUGCCAUGAUUGGGCACCAGAAAUGUCAGAUGCCAACCCCCAAUUGUUCAAGAACUUCAUCAGGGUAGUAUGCAAUGCAAACAUCACAGAAGGCUUUCGUCCUGACAUAGACAUUUCACUCCCAGAAAUCAACAUCCAUCCUGGAACGUUAGGGCCACCUGACUUAGGCCAGCCACCAGAAAGCCGCACAAUUCUAGCUUUCUUCGCUGGAGGAGCUCAUGGAUACAUAAGGAAGAUCAUGAUCCAGCAUUGGAAGGAAAAAGACAAAGAAGUUCAAGUUCAUGAAUACCUUCCUAAGAACCAAAAUUACACCAAACUGAUUGGAAAAAGCAAGUUUUGUCUCUGCCCGAGUGGCUAUGAAGUGGCAAGCCCGAGGGUGGUGGAAGCCAUCUAUGGUGGUUGUGUUCCGGUGAUCAUUUCUGAUAAUUAUUCAUUACCAUUCAGCGACGUUCUAGAUUGGAGUCGGUUUUCGGUGCAGAUACCUGUUAAGAAAAUACCAGAAAUAAAAACAAUCUUGAAGGCUAUCUCAGAAGAGAAGUAUUUGAAGAUGUACAAAGGAGUGAUGAAAGUAAAGCGGCAUUUCAAGAUAAAUAGGCCUGCUAAGCCAUUUGAUGUAAUUCAUAUGCUGCUUCAUUCACUGUGGCUUAGAAGGCUUAACUUUGGCCUUCCUCAUUGAAAACAGCUUUGAUUAGGCAAAAUUCAAAAACCCAUUUGCUAUAGUUAGAAUGAGAGAGAGAGAGGAUU